GACCGUCUUCCUACCGUGUCGGCUGCACAGGCCCUGGAAGACUUUGAAGGGACCCAGAACCACCACAUCUCCACCGGCCUUCCAGUUCUCGAUGCCUCAAAUGGCAUCCAGAAGGGCAGUGUGACGGAAAUAUGGGGGCCCCCGGGCGUGGGAAAGACAGCAUUCGGAAUCCAGCUCACUGCUAACUGCCUUCGCGAAGGCGGCGGAGUCGUCUGGUCGGGCCUUGGCAGUCUCUUGUGGUCAGGCACUUAUACGGAUGCAGAUGGCUUUCACCGGAUGUCCAUUGAGCGGUUGCACCAGGUCGUGGAUUUGAACUCUGAGGAUGGGCAGAUCCAACCAUUAGACAAGUUUGUUCACUAUAGCUGCCCGACCUUGGUUCAUCUCAUAGCCCUGCUAUGUCGGCCCACGGCGUCUUGUAUCCCAGAGUGGACAUCAUUGAUUGUUGUUGAUUCCCUUUCGGCGCUGGUCAACCAUGACGUCCUCAAGAAUACAGACCUGAGGCAGGCCCCUCAGACGAAGCAUAAAGAUACCCGAGAACGCAGAAUACAGGCACUUCACUAUAUUUUGAGCAACCUUCAAAAGCUGGCAGCAACCCGGGAUGUGGCUAUUGUCAUCCUCACGCAGUGCGCCACAAAGAUGCAGGCGGAACGCGGUGCAACCUUGGUUCCCGCCAUCAAUGCAAGCGUCUGGAGACAAGGUAUUGUCUCGAGGAUCGCACUGUUCAGAGACCGGCUUCAAAAUGACUUCGAGACUUCCACUGCUCUGCGCUUUGCGUUCAUCCAGAAGCUGAACGGAGUUGACAAGCAUGCGGAUGAUGCAGCCGCACUCUGCGGGUUCCAUAUUGAGGCAGUAUGUUUCUUUGAUCGAUCAGUAGUCUGGGUCUGA